UCAUUGAUUGCUUGUCGUCGUGAUUAGUCGUCAUCGGAUUAUUUUAUUGCGGUUGUUUAUCGUGGUCUUCAAUAUUAUUGGUGCUACUGUGUAGUUUUGUGGUGAAGUUGUAUAGUGAGUUUAUUAUUUUUCAACAAUGUCGGCGGAUAAUAUCGAAAAACUGUACCAAAACUAUGGCAUAUUGGCCGACGCCAAGGAUGACAUUUCUAAGCAUGAAAAGGAGUAUUUGGAAAUAUUAUCAGCUGUAAAGGGAUCCGACAAGGAGAAGCGUCUCGCUUCUCAAUUCAUUGCGAAGUUCUUCCAUAGUUUUCCUAACCUCGCCGAGCAAGCUAUUGAGGCUCAAUUUGAUCUUUGUGAAGAUGAUGAUGUUGCUAUUCGCAAGCAAGCUAUCAAAGACUUGCCUGUACUUUGCAAAGACAACAAGGAGAAUACACAACGGAUUGCUGACAUUCUGGCGCAACUUCUUCAGUCUGAGGAUACCACCGAAAUCAAUGUUGUCACUAACUCAUUGCUGGCAAUUGUGAAGAGUGACCCUAAAGGAGCUUUAACGGGGAUAUUUUCUCAAAUACAUCAAAGCGCAGACACUGAAGUAACAAAUGAAAUCGUAAGGGAAAGAUGCAUCAAGUUCUUGGCCACCAAAGUCAAACAACUUGGGCGGGAAGUGAUCAACAAAGAAGCAGAGGACCUUAUUAUUGCCGAAUGCCGGAAAAUAUUAGAGGAUGUUGUUGCUGAAGAAUUUGAGCAUAUCAUUGAGUUACUCACAUGGUCCAGACUUGGCAAAACACCGGCAGGGAAGAAGGAGCUAGUACAACUAAUUGCUGCUCUUGCGUUUGCCCCCGAAGAUUGGCAUCCGGAAGAUCCUGAAUAUGUUGACAGGAUCCUACAAUGCACACAACAUGCACUACCCUUAUUUUCGCCCCAAGUGGAUUCAAACCAGUUCAUCAACUUCUUUAGUGAACAUGUCUUGUCGAGAUGGGAUGACAUCACCACACCCGAAGGAACUGAUCCAAAACUUGAACUACUGAAGAUGUAUGCUGAAAUCACAGAACAUUGUGGAGAGGUUGAGAAACUACAAGACAAGAUUAACACAAUCUAUGAUAUCUUAAUGAAAUACUUGCCAGAAGCUCCUUUAGAAAAUGAAGAAAACAAGGCAGAAAAAUCAGAAGAGGAAAGCAAAAAAGAAGAGACUACUGCCGUCCCAUCACUGCAGUUCUCACACGUGGAGUGUGCCUUGUAUGCACUCCACUCGUUGUGCCGGAAAGCUCCUGAUGCAUUGAGCGCUGAUGCUGCUAGAUUGAAGGCUCUGCGGUUACGUCUGCAGUACACAGCCCGCCUCACACAGGGCUACAUAAAGAAACUCAAGGAAGUUACACAGAAUAAAAAAGGAGAAGAUGCCAACUCAGAAGAAAACAAAUUGAAGGUUGUUGCAUUAAAAACAACAUCAAACAUCAAUACACUCAUCAGGGACAUAUUCCGAACUCCGCCUAGUUUCAAGAGCAAAGUACAGUUGUCGUUCCAGUCAAAGAAAGCUGAGAAAGAGGAAAAACAGCUGAGCAAUUCAGAGGUCAAAGAAAAACAACCACAUGCAGGCCAAAAGCGUCACCAACCAAUCACAUUUGAUAAUGGCGAGGAAAAGGGAUCCCCCGAAAAACGCGCACGCAGUGGCGAUAGAAACCUGAAAAUGUACACCCCACCGUCUGGCAAAUACAGUUCCAGGCUGAACAAUACUGGAAGGUUCUCUGGACCCAAUCCCGGGAGGGGCAGGGGUGGAUAUGGGAGACGCGACUUUAGAAACAGUGGCGCCCCUUUCCGACGACGUAGCAAUUAUUAAUACUAACAAACACGGACUCGACAUUUUUGAUUUUAGUUGGAAAUAAUGAUUUUUUAACUGGUGCCUAUUUACUGUCUUCGCAUGACAAUAAAAAGAAGACACUAUUGACAUCACAAGUCUUACCACCAAAAAUAAAAUUGGGCACGUAAAAAGAGUCAAUUUGAAUUAAGUAUUUAGGAAAACUUCGUUCUAUCACUGUUCCAGCGUAUCCAUGGGAUAGGUUUUAUUUUUUCUUCUGGUUUAUUUUUCAGGACAUUUCUUUAUUAUGGACUAUAGCCGAUACGAGUAGAAGCUGGUGAUUCGUGAUAUUUAUUUAUCAGGUUAUUUAUGCAGCAUCGUGACACAUCUUAGGAACUGGUCAUAUUUUGUUUUCAAUUAAUUCCUUUCAGUCCAGCCAUCGUGACUACGGUUUCAAUGUUGGGAUAUUUCUCGAGGUAAAUGACUGCAUUACUUUUGUAACAGUUGCAAUACCACAGAAUAGGUAAGUAUGUUAGAUUUUAAUAUAUAAUCUUUUAUAUGAAUAUAGUUAGUAGCAGCUAGUUCCAGCCUGCCUGGUGCUACAGCACUGAAAUUUGGAAAAGUAGUCUUCGAAAUCUUCGUGCGUAAGUUUAGCGAUAGUAAUAUGAUAUUGAAUUACAUACACAUUUUUUAAACUAGCCCUGCCGUUUGGAGCGUCCACAUUUUAUAUUUCGGUAAGUAGUGAAUGUAUCACUCCGGUAUUACAACUCUUGUUCCAGUUUUUAAUUUCUUAGGCUUGUUUUGUACAGCCAGGAAAUUAUUUCAAGUGUACCUUAUGUUUAUGGGAUUGUGUGAUCUAUCUUCGUAAACAAUAAAUGGCUCUUAAAAUA